AUGAAGGCUACCACCUUGGCAGCCCUGGCCGUCUCGGCCCUCCUUUCCGGAGCCUCGGCAAAGGAGAUGACGCCUAGUGAACUCAUCUCUGAGAUCUACGACAGCGGUGUCAUCCACAAGGACAUAAUGGCCCGUAAGAAGGCAUCAUGGGAUCGCCAGAUCGAGAACGGAGAGAUGGAUUCUGCCGUCUAUAGAAGCCGCCUCGCCGAGGAGGGUCCCGUCGCCUGCAUCAACGGUGUUGCGGAGGUUGUGCCUGGAGACGCCAACAACACGUUCAGGUGCAACAAGAUUGACUUCUACGACUUCAAGAGUCACGCCGACCUAGGCUCAAGAGCCGGUCAGGGAUCCUCGUCUUGGGGAUGGACCAGUCCCGAUGGUCGCGAGUUUGCCAUCAUCGCUCAGGCUGACGGCGCUGCCUUUGCCGAGAUCACCUCCGAGGGCAAGCUUGUCUAUCUCGGUCGUCUUCCUCAGUACUCUAGCCAGUCUAUCUGGCGAGAGCUCCGUGGGUACAAGAACUACAUCGUUGUUGGCAGUGAGGCCUCUCGCCAUGGCGUUCAGAUUUUUGACCUGACCAAGUUGUUGGAUAUUGACCCCGCAAACCCCGUCACUUUCAGCAACCAGCGUGAUUUGACAGGUUGGUGGAACGGCUUGCCUGCAGGUUCUACCCACAACAUCGUCAUCAACGAGGAGAAGCAGUACGCAGUUGCUGUCGGCGCUCAGCCUCGCAACAGUGCCUGCCGCUCUGGUCUGAUCUUUAUCGAUCUCAGCGACCCCUCCAAGCCCACCUCUCCCGGCUGUGCCGCCGGCGAUGGUUACGUCCAUGAUGCUCAGUGCCUUGUUUACCGUGGCCCUGAUGAGAAGUACUUCGGUCGUGACAUCUGCUACGGCUACAACGAAGACACCUUGACCAUUUACGAUGUUACCAAUAAGAACGAGACCAAUAUCAUUUCGCGUACCUCCUACGAGGGUGCUAGCUAUACUCACCAGGGUUGGGUCACGAACAUGGAGUGGCAGGAGUACCUUGUCCUCGACGACGAGUAUGAUGAGGUUGAUGCCACUGGACCUGCUGCAUCCGGCUACCCCAUCACCUACUUCUGGGACAUCAGAAGUCUCGAGGCUCCUAAGCAAACUGGCUUUUACCGCAGCGAAGCCUACGGAAUUGACCAUAACCAAUUUGUCGUCGACGGCUUUGCCUUCCAGAGCCAUUACGGUGCCGGACUUCGUAUUCUUGAUGUUUCUUCUCUGCCCGAGGACCCCACUGGAGGAAAGGUUUCCGAGGUUGGAUUCUUCGACAUUUACCCUGAGGAUGACACGAUGCCUAACGGGGGAUCUAUCGACUUUGUCGGUACUUGGAGCCACUACCCCUACUUCAAGAGUGGCCACAUCCUGAUCAACACCAUUGAGCGUGGUGCAUUCGUUGUGAAGCGGUCUGCAUAA